CCAAGUCUCCGCCGGGAGUAGAAAUAAGAAGAACUCUAUUACGUUACGCGCAUUCACUUUCCAACAACCGCGCACUGAACGUUCGAACGUGGCGCGCAUCGGACGCCUUUUUUUACCAUCUACGGUCACACACGCACGAAAUCCUGCACCGUCCAAGGAACUGAAUUAGGCUUAAUUUAAUUUAUUAUCUAAUUGGACGUCGACCACAGCCGAAAAAUGAGACAAACAUGGAUUUUAAUAGGGGUGUGCGCCUUGUUUUACAUCGUCGAAGGUAGAACCAUCGUCAAACGCGACGCUUACGAUGAUUUGGAUCCUACUCUGCAGGAGGUCGAAGGCGAAGACAUUGUCAGAGACAAACGGCAUCAGGAUGUUAAAUUCGGCGUGAAGAACGCUCUCCUAGGCUUUGUGUUCAAUAAAAUCAAUUCGUUCAUCGAUCAAAAGACGCUGUGGAUCGACCAGUUGGAUCGUACGAACGUGGCGAAGAACGCCCAGCAUGGUAUCCACCCGCCCGCCGAUCCAGUCACUUCCCUCUCGGGCGUCAUCUCCGGCGCUAUCGGGCAGAAACUGCAAGCCGCCGGGCCAUUAAUCGGCGUGGCUGUGCAGACGCUCACAUCCGGCUCGGGCGGUCUGUCGGGUGGAGGCGGUGGCUUCAACAUUGGUUCCCUUCUGGGUGGGCUUAGCGGAGGUGGUGGUGGCGGUGCUUCAGCUGGCAUCGAGGCGGAGGGACACGCCGAAGUGAACGCCUUCGCUGGCUAAAACUUUUAAGCUACACUACGUCACUAGAAACUAUAAAAGAAAAUAGUUACCUACUUUUGUACAUAAUUUAUUAUUUGUAAUAUGUGUUUCAUAAACUCUGCUAAUUAUCUAUGCGUAAACUACUGUAUUUUGUAUUUAAAACAUUUGCACGCCGACGAUUUGCUCAAGAAAAACGAAAAAACCUUUCUCUUCGACCGCUGCCGACCUGCAGAGGGCGCUACUGCCACAAUAAUCUGUAAAUAGUUUUAGAAUCGAAUGUACUAGCCGUAAGACUUGAAUAAACUCGAAUAAUUUUA